GAAAGUCUUCGGUCCUGUGGGAGUUAUGAAACUUAAUGACUGCUCUGUGCUCUGCUUCUGUCUGUGAAAAAAUAUCCCUAAAAUUAUUCCAAGAGAUUGUUUUCUCUUCUUACGCUAACCUACUAUGUGAUGCUUAUAAUUACAAAAAACAUGGCUUUUGUAUUAUCAUGAUCAAAGACCACGUGUUCAUCCCAGAACUUCGUGCAUGAGUACGUUCAGACAGUGCAGACGGAAGUAGUACUCAAGAUGCCAGCGGGAGUACUUCGUCGGGAAAUUCAUAUGUCAAAUAUGUCAAUCUAGGGGAAGAAGACCAAAUGGAAAUCCAAGGCUACCGUAGAUCGAUUUUGUGGACAACAGUUACUUGGUUUUUUAUCGUCAUAACUGUAGGCAUUCUGCGUAUGGUCUAUCAUUGGUUCCCGGAAUGGUUUUUGAACUGCACUCACACAAAGUGUCCCUUAGAAGUUGCUGAAAAAGUGUUACUUGUGGAAAUAUGCCAAAAGAAAUACAGAAAAAUACAUAUUCGAACCAUUAUUCGUCAGUCAGCACUUCAGGCCUUGACUUCCGAUUGCCAAGAAGAAUUAUCCGCCAACAACAGGAAACAUACAGAGGAUUACGUUUUGGAAGAGUUUAACAAAUCGACUGAAGUAUUGUCACUUCCGCUCCCAAAUCCUGACGGCACGUUUAACGAGGUCGACUCAAUGAGCAUGUUUACUUGCAAAAAGUUACGUUAUGUAUGGAACGAAAAAUCAAAAGCAUUUUUCAAGCUCAAAAGCCUGGGCCCAGGAAUACCAACAUCGUCACUUCACUGUCCGGAUGCCCAACAAGGUUUAGCCGGACUUUCCGCGACUCAACAACAAAAAAGACGGGCAGUGUACGGAAGAAACACGAUUUACGUUCCAGUGAGAAGCAUCUUAUCGCUUCUUUUGCUUGAAGUGAUUAAUCCAUUCUACGUUUUCCAAGUUGUAUCCAUCAUGAUCUGGAUAGUUAUUUGGUACUACUUCUAUGCUGCCGCCAUCGCCGUAAUGUCCAUAACGGGCAUUAUUAUCACGAUUACCCAAACCAGAAAAAACCAGCGGAGGCUGAGAAAUACUGUUCGUGGUGAUGACAUUGUUACCGUGUGUCGAGGAAAAGGAGCUUACGACAGAAUCGGGACAGAAGAGCUAGUUCCAGGUGACGUAAUAGUAAUUCCAGCUGCGGGUUGUGUAAUGCAUUGUGAUGCCGUGCUUCUCUUCGGUACUUGCAUCGUAAACGAAAGCAUGCUCACAGGGGAGUCCGUUCCUGUUACUAAAACUCCUUUACCGAUGAGGAAUGAUAUUUUCUACAAUCCAAGAGAACACGCCAGACACACUUUAUUCAGCGGUACAAAAGUUGUUCAAACUCGUUUCUACGAUGAUGAAAAGGUGAUGGCAGUUGUUACCUCAACUGGUUUUCUAACGGCCAAAGGAUCGCUUGUGUCUUCUAUAAUGUAUCCUCCCCCAGCGGAUUUUAAAUUCGAAAGGGACAGCUAUAAAUUCAUCGGCUUUCUGGCUUUUCUAGCUUCCAUUGGUUUUGUCUAUUCGCUUGUGCAAAAGAUAAAAAACGGCGAUACCGGAUUGCAAGUAAUUAUGCACACUUUCGAUUUGAUUACUGUUUGCGUCCCUCCUGCGCUACCAGCUGCUAUGGCGGCCGGCAUUAUCUUAGCUCAAAGACGACUUAAACUACGCAACAUCUUUUGUAUCUCACCGAGAGCAAUCAAUGUGUCGGGGUCAAUCAAUUGCGUGUGUUUCGACAAAACUGGAACCUUGACCGAAGAUGGUCUAGAUUUAUGGGGGGUCGUUCCAGUGGCUAAUAUUAAAAAUAGUCCUCGUGUUCUUCCUCCAGUAACAAAGCCGUCAACAUUACCACAGGCUACGUCUACGUUGCAGGAGCACAUAAAAACAGAAGAUCCAAAAAUGGAACUUCCUUAUUUGUUACUGAAGGGAAUGGCUACUUGCCACUCUCUAACCAUCAUCGAUGGAACGCUUAACGGGGAUCCGCUCGAUCUUAAAAUGUUUGAAUCCACUGAAUGGAGUUUGGUAGAGCCGUCAAUGGAGGAUACUAAUAAAUAUGACAAUCUCUGUCCUACGGUUGUUACUUGGACUCCCAAAGAAACAGAGAGCGCAUUCAAAGUUGAAGUAGGGAUUGUCCGGCAAUUUCCUUUCAGCUCUGCACUUCAAAGAAUGGCUGUCCUAUGCAAAGAGAUGGGAAAUGAUCAGAUGCACUUUUUUUGUAAAGGAUCUCCUGAAAUGAUCCAGUCCUUAUCCAUGCCUGAAACUAUUCCAGAAAACUACAAUCAGUUAUUAGAGACGUAUACUAAACAAGGAUUUCGUGUGAUUGCCCUUGCACAUCGCCUUGUUGAGUCCCAGUCUAUUAACAAAUUGCAAAAGGUUCAAAGAGAAGAUUUGGAGCAUGAGCUAACCUUUCUUGGCCUUGUCGUUUUGGAAAAUAGACUGAAACCUGAUACCGCUGAUGUCUUGAGAGAACUUUCCUCUGCCGAUGUGCGAACUAUUAUGGUCACUGGUGAUAACUUACUGACAGCCAUAAGUGUUGCUCGAGAUUGUGAGAUGGUUGGUUCAAACGAUGAAAUCGUCAUCGUCAACUUCGAUGAGACAACACUGCCGCCUCGCCUAACCUACAGAAUGGCAGAAAAACUUGCUCGCCAGAUUGACGACCAAGUUGCUUCACCACCAUCAAGUGUAACUACUGUCGAUGAAGUGAUAUUAAACGUGGAUACAGCUACAAAUUCCGGACAUUAUCAUUUCGCAAUAACCGGAAAGGUUUGGUCGGUUAUUCAACAACACUAUUCGGAUGUGAUACCACUAAUGACCGUUAAAGGAACUAUCUUCGCUAGGAUGUCUCCCGAUCAAAAGCAGCAACUAGUCCAGGAGUUGCAAAAAAUGGGAUAUUUUGUUGGAAUGUGCGGAGAUGGAGCCAAUGACUGUGGUGCGCUAAAAGCAGCCCACGCCGGAAUCGCUCUCACCGACUCGGAAGCGUCUGUGGCUUCACCUUUUACCAGCAAAGAACCGAGUAUCGCUUGCGUACCAGAACUAAUCCGCCAGGGCCGUUGCGCUUUGGUCACUUCCUUCGGCAUUUUCAGCUACAUGGCUAUCUAUGCAUUGAUUCAGUUCUUCUCCGUGAUGAUUUUGUUUGAAGUCGGGACGAAUUUGUCGGAUUUCCAAUUCCUCUACGUUGACUUCUUCAUCAUUUGCUCUCUGUCAGCCUUCUUUGGACAAACGCAACCUUAUCCGGGAAAACUUUUCAAGCGCCCUCCAAUGACCUCUCUCCUAUCUCCACCACCGGUGGGAUCACUCGUCAUUCAAGCAACAAUUAUUCUGCUGAUUCAGCUAACAAGCCUGCUCGUUGCGCAACAGCAAGAUUGGUUCGUGCCCUAUAUGAAUAUCACGAAUGGAACCUUGGGCACGGAAUUGUCCGAGUAUGCUUGUACCGAAAACUACGCUGUCGUAGGGGUCUCCUUUAGCCAGUACAUCUUCUUAGCGUUGGCUUACUCUAAGGGCAAACCGUACCGAGAGAUUUUUUUGAAAAAUUACUGGUUUACUGCAACUUUGGCCUUAUGGACAGGAUUUUCUCUUUAUUUACUCAUCAAUCCAAACGAAUAUUUUCAAGAACUCGUGGAACUAGAAAUGCCGCCUCUUUAUUUCCGUUUCGUCAUCAUAUGCUUUUCUGUAAUUCAGGUUAUACUCUGUUUGCUGAUCGAAGCCUUCUUGGUUGAUCGAGGGCUUAUAGCCAUGAUGAAUUCGUCUUGGUGGUUGAAGUUGCGACCUCGCAAAGAAAUAUACCUAGAAGUCGAAGAAAAGCUAUCCAACUCGCAGUGGCCACUCGUCAGUAAAUACGAAGGAGAACCACCUCACGAGGAAGAUUUGUCUUCAGUUCUGAUCCAGUUCUCUGCAUUUCGCGCAAAAUCCUGAGAUGGUUUCACAAUGAUGAAUGAAUUACGACCUUUGUUUGUUUGUUUUCUCCAACUAAUAUGUGUACACUAUAUAUGUAAACAAUCUUAAUGGUGGGUUGACAUGUUUUAGAGCAUGAAAUUCCUAUGCUAUUAACGUUUGGUGAGGGAUUUGAUGGGUCUCUUUGAUGCCCUUUAUUCAAAUAAUAAGUAGCUUUCCUUCUAUGUAUGAUAUCCAGACGGUUAGGGGAAAUGGAAUCUUAUCAUAACUAAUUAUUCUUAUACUAGGACAGCCACCGCACAUUUUUUAUUCGAUCCCUUGAUGUGUACGCAAGUUUCCAAUAGGACCGACCUGUUUUAAAAGAAUGUUGUGAGUCUUGUGACAUCUGUUUUUAAUCCAAAAAAUAAAUUCCAAAAUUGCGGGUA